AAUGGUAAAUUUUGAAUUUUGAUAGAAACCUGUUAUCCUUUAAAUUAUUCUGUUAAAUUUAUCGUAAUAAAUUAAAGUAAUUAUUAUUAUUGUGUGCAGUCUGUAAUUUAUGUUAAAUAAAAGUAUAUGCCUAAGCAAUUUGUAUAUAACUGUAUUGUUCAGUACAUACUUUUUAUUUUAUCAUCUACCUAGUAAAUUGUUCAUCAGUUGUUUACACCUAAUAUUGUGAUUGAUUCUCUUCAAUGAAAUUGAACGUGGUAUUUUUGCACCCAGAUUUGGGUAUUGGUGGUGCCGAACGGUUAGUUGUAGACACAGCAUUAGCAAUGAAAAAUACAGGACAUGACGUACAAUUCAUUACAAACCAUCAUAGUCCUUCCCAUUGUUUUGAAGAAACUAAAAACGGUAUGCUGUCAGUUACAGUUGUAGGCGACUGGUUACCAAGAACAUUGUUGGGAAAGUGUUACGCAUUGUGUAGUUAUUUACGAAUGAUUUAUGCGGCAUUAUAUCUUGCAUUCUUCAGUCGCAUCCAGCCUGAUGUUGUGUUUGUCGAUCAGGUAUCAGUUUGUGUACCAAUUCUACAUUGGAUUCCGUGUAAAGUAAUAUUUUAUUGUCAUUAUCCUGAUCAGUUAUUGACCUCCCAUGAUAACAUUGUGAAAAGAUUCUAUAGGUUACCAUUGGACUGGUUAGAAGAACAAACUACAGCAUGUGCUGAUGUAAUUUUAGUUAACAGUUAUUUUACUUUAAAUGUGUUUAAAAAAACAUUUAAAAGUGUAAAGAAAACACCUCAAGUUUUGUAUCCUUCUAUAAACACAGCAUUUUUUGAUAACUGUGAAACUAUAGACAUAAGUGACAUUGUAGAGCUAGAAAAAUAUCAAAUAGUUCUGUCUAUUAACAGAUUUGAAAGGAAAAAGAAUUUAGAAUUAGCUGUGAAGUGUAUGUCACAUUGCUCGUUUAGCAAAAAUGUAAAACUUGUAUUAGCGGGUGGUUAUGAUCCUUUAAAUUUGGAAAACAUGGAAUAUUACGAAGUACUAAAGAAACUUGUUCAAGAUUUGGAUCUCGUAGAUAGUGUAGUAUUUUUGAAAUCGCCAUCAGACAAACUGAAAAUAUCGCUUCUCAGAUAUUGCACAUGUUUGGUGUAUACUCCUUCUAAUGAGCAUUUUGGUAUCGUUCCAUUAGAAGCUAUGUACUGUAGUAAACCUGUCAUAGCUGUUAAUAGUGGAGGACCUACUGAAACGAUUAAAAACAAUCAUAACGGAUAUUUGUGUGAUGCUAAUCCUGAAGAAUUUGCAAAGGUUAUAAAACAAUUAGUGGAGGUACGAGAAAAUGCCGAGCAUUUUGGUAAACAAGGUAAAAAAAGAUUUGAUGAUAUGUUCUCAUUCCAAGCUUUUGAAUGUAAAGUAAAUGGAGUUCUAGAAAGUUUGUACAAAUCUCAAUAAGUGGCUUAUAUUGUUAAAUAUUUUUUAAUAAGUGUUAUAAUUUAUUUUAGAUUUUUUAUUGUAUUAAUAGACUAUAAUAGAAUCACUCUACGAUAGUAUACGAUAAAGUAAAAUUGUACUUUCAUUUAUAAUACUCAAACUGUUAUUACAUUAUUGGUUCUUAACAUUUUACAACUUUUUUUAUUUAUUGUCAUUCCACAAUAAAACACAUAAUGACAUAACAAUUUAUGUAUUUACUAUAAAUGUUUUGAACAAUAUAUUUAUUUAUCAAAAA